UCGCCUUUUGGGUGUUGUUGCCCCUUUCCCGGAGCGGGACGCGGUAGAAGCGGGCAAGAGUGCCAGGCCUGGGUUCUCUGUGUCCUUACCCGGGGCAGGGACGAGGCAGUGACUUGACUCUGGGCGCAGAGCCCGGGAGGGAGCGCAGGACGCGCCGUCCCUUCUGCCUGGCUCACCUCACACUACUCUCCUUCUUUUCCACCCGCGGCCGCCUGGGUGGCUCGGGACCGACCGCCCCGGGCAGCGGUGGCCGUCUCGGCCGCCGGGGCUGUGGCGAGGCCGCGGCCCUCGGGGCGGCGGUAGCGGCGCCAGCGCUGGGGAGGCGAAGGAGGGAAGAUGGCGUCGGAGCUGGAGCCCGAGGUGCAGGGCCCAGACCGGAGUUUGCUGGAAUGUUCGGCUGAGGAGACCGCGGGGAAAUGGCUGCAAGCAACUGACCUCACUAGAGAAGUGAACCAGCAUUUGGCUCACUAUGUACCCAAAAUCUACUGCAGGGGUCCCAACCCUUUUCCACAGAAAGAAGACAUGUUGGCACACCAAGUUUUGUUGGGACCAAUGGAAUGGUACCUUUGUGGUGAAGAUCCUGAGUUGGGAUUUUCAAAACUUGAACAAACAAACAAACCUUCUCAUCUUUGUGGUCGUGUUUUUAAAGUGGGAGAACCUACAUACUCUUGCAGAGACUGUGCAGUUGAUCCAACUUGUGUUUUAUGCAUGGAGUGCUUUUUGGGAAGUAUUCACAGAGACCAUCGAUAUAGGAUGACAACAUCAGGAGGUGGAGGUUUCUGUGACUGUGGUGAUACUGAAGCUUGGAAAGAGGGUCCUUACUGUCAGAAACAUGAACUUAACACCUCUGAAAUUGAGGAAGAAGAGGAUCCUCUUGUGCAUUUAUCAGAAGAUGUGAUAGCAAGAACUUAUAACAUUUUUGCUAUUAUGUUUCGGUAUGCAGUAGAGAUAUUAACCUGGGAAAAGGAAAGUGAAUUGCCACCAGAUUUAGAGAUGGUAGAGAAGAGUGAUACCUACUAUUGCAUGCUGUUUAAUGAUGAGGUUCAUACCUAUGAACAAGUUAUUUAUACUCUUCAGAAAGCUGUUAACUGUACACAAAAAGAAGCCAUUGGCUUUGCAACUACAGUAGAUCGAGAUGGACGUAGGUCUGUUCGAUAUGGAGACUUCCAGUAUUGUGAACAAGCAAAAUCAGUAAUUGUGAGAAAUACCAGUAGACAGACAAAGCCACUCAAAGUUCAAGUUAUGCAUUCGUCUAUUGUCGCACAUCAGAAUUUUGGUUUGAAACUUUUGUCUUGGCUGGGAAGUAUUAUUGGAUAUUCAGAUGGUCUUCGCCGAAUUUUAUGUCAAGUUGGUUUACAAGAAGGGCCAAAUGGUGAAAACUCUUCUCUAGUGGAUAGGUUGAUGCUUAGUGAUUCCAAAUUGUGGAAAGGUGCUAGGAGUGUGUAUCAUCAGUUGUUCAUGAGCAGUCUACUUAUGGAUUUGAAAUACAAGAAACUGUUUGCUGUUCGAUUUGCAAAGAACUAUGAGCGUUUGCAGAGUGAUUAUGUGACAGAUGACCACGACAGAGAGUUUUCAAUCGCAGACCUCUCGGUUCAGAUUUUCACAGUCCCUUCACUUGCUCGGAUGCUCAUCACAGAAGAAAACCUAAUGACCAUUAUCAUUAAGACGUUUAUGGAUCAUUUGAGACAUCGAGAUGCCCAGGGCAGGUUUCAGUUUGAACGAUAUACUGCUUUACAAGCCUUCAAGUUUAGGAGAGUUCAGAGCCUUAUUUUAGAUCUUAAGUAUGUGUUAAUUAGCAAACCAACUGAAUGGUCAGACGAUCUGAGGCAGAAGUUCCUAGAAGGAUUUGAUGCCUUUUUGGAAUUACUCAAAUGUAUGCAGGGAAUGGAUCCAGUUACACGUCAAGUAGGACAGCAUAUUGAAAUGGAACCAGAGUGGGAAGCAGCCUUCACACUACAAAUGAAAUUAACACAUGUCAUUUCAAUGAUGCAGGACUGGUGUGCUUUAGAUGAAAAAGUAUUAAUUGAAGCUUACAAGAAAUGCCUUGCUGUAUUGACGCAGUGUCACGGUGGUUUUACUGAUGGUGAACAGCCAGUCACAUUAAGCAUUUGUGGACAUUCAGUGGAAACUAUCAGAUACUGUGUUUCCAAAGAAAAAGUUAGCAUUCACCUUCCAGUUUCUCGGUUACUUGCAGGUUUGCAUGUAUUGGUAAGCAAAAGUGAAGUGGCAUAUAAAUUUCCAGAGCUCCUACCUCUAAGUGAACUUAGCCCACCCAUGUUGAUAGAACACCCUCUUAGAUGCCUUGUUUUAUGUGCCCAAGUACAUGCAGGAAUGUGGAGAAGAAAUGGUUUCUCUCUUGUAAAUCAAAUUUAUUACUACCACAAUGUGAAAUGCAGACGUGAAAUGUUUGACAAGGAUAUAGUAAUGCUUCAGACAGGUGUCUCCAUGAUGGAUCCAAAUCAUUUCCUGAUGAUAAUGCUUAGCCGCUUUGAACUUCACCAGAUUUUCAGUACUCCAGACUAUGGAAAAAAAAUUAGUUCUGAGACUACUCAUAAGGAUUUAGUUCAGCAGAACAACACUCUAAUAGAAGAGAUGCUCUACCUCAUUAUAAUGCUUGUUGGAGAGAGAUUUAGUCCUGGAGUUGGACAGGUAAAUGCUACAGAUGAGAUUAAACGAGAGAUUAUCCAUCAGUUGAGCAUCAAACCUAUGGCUCAUAGUGAAUUGGUAAAGUCUUUACCUGAAGAUGAGAACAAGGAAACUGGCAUGGAGAGUGUAAUUGAAGCAGUUGCCCAUUUCAAGAAACCUGGAUUAACAGGACGAGGCAUGUAUGAACUGAAACCAGAAUGUGCCAAAGAGUUCAAUUUGUAUUUCUAUCACUUUUCAAGGGCAGAGCAGUCCAAGGCAGAGGAAGCCCAACGGAAAUUGAAAAGACAAAAUAAGGAAGAUACAGCACUUCCACCUCCAGUUUUGCCCCCAUUCUGCCCUCUGUUUGCAAGUCUGGUUAACAUUUUGCAGUCAGAUGUCAUGUUGUUAAUCAUGAGAACAGUAUUGCAAUGGACUGUAGAACAUAACGGACAUGUCUGGUCUGAGUCCAUGCUGCAAAGGGUGUUACAUUUAAUUGGAAUGGCACUACAAGAAGAAAAACAGCAUUUAGAGAACGUCAUGGAGGAGCAUGUAGUAACAUUUACCUUCACUCAGAAGAUAUCGAAACCUGGUGAAGCACCAAACAACUCUCCUAGCAUACUAGCUAUGCUGGAAACACUACAAAAUGCUCCCUACCUAGAAGUCCACAAAGAUAUGAUUAGGUGGAUAUUAAAGACUUUUAAUGCCAUUAAGAAGAUAAGGGAGAGUUCAUCCACCAGUCCUGUGGCAGAGACAGAAGGAACCAUAAUGGAAGAGAGUUCGAGAGACAAAGACAAAGCUGAGAGGAAGAGAAAAGCUGAGAUUGCCAGACUGCGCAGAGAAAAGAUCAUGGCCCAGAUGUCUGAGAUGCAGCGGCACUUUAUUGAUGAGAACAAAGAACUCUUUCAGCAGACAUUAGAACUGGAUGCCUCUAUCUCUGCUGUUCUUGAUAAUAGCCCUAUGGUUUCAGAUAUGACUCAUACGGCAUUGGGCCCAGCACAAACUCGGGUCCCUGAACAAAGACAAUUUGUUACCUGUAUAUUGUGUCAAGAAGAGCAAGAGGUCAAGGUGGAAAGCAGGGCAAUGGUCCUGGCAGCAUUUGUUCAGAGAUCAACUGUAUUAUCAAAAAACAGAAGUAAAUUCAUUCAGGAUCCAGAAAAAUAUGAUCCAUUAUUCAUGCACCCUGAUCUGUCUUGUGGAACACAUACUGGUAGCUGUGGGCACAUUAUGCAUGCCCAUUGUUGGCAAAGGUAUUUUGAUUCCGUUCAAGCUAAAGAACAGCGAAGGCAACAGAGAUUACGCUUACAUACAAGCUAUGAUGUAGAAAAUGGAGAAUUCCUUUGUCCCCUUUGUGAAUGCUUGAGUAAUACUGUUAUUCCUCUGCUGCUUCCUCCAAGAAAUAUUUUUAAUAGCAGGUUACAUUUUUCAGACCAACCAAAUCUGACUCAGUGGAUUAGAACAAUAUCUCAGCAAAUAAAAGCAUUACAGGUUCUUAGGAAAGAAGAAAAUACUCCUAAUACUGCCUUAUCAAAGAAUUUAGAAAAUGUGGAUGAAUUGCAGCUCCCUGAAGGAUUUAGGCCUGAUUUUCAUCCUAAGAAUCCUUAUUCUGAAAGCAUAAAAGAAAUGCUAACAACAUUUGGAACUGCUACUUAUAAGGUGGGACUAAAGGUUCAUCCCAAUGAAGAGGAUCCCCGUGUCCCCAUAAUGUGCUGGGGUAGUUGUGCGUACACCAUCCAAAGCAUAGAAAGAAUUUUAAAUGAUGAAGAUAAACCGUUGUUCAGUCCUUUGCCUUGCAGACUGUUUGGCUUCACCACCACCACCCCUCACCAACACUGUCUCACUUUUCGGAAACACCUCUUGCCAAGUUCACCAAAUGAUCUCAUUAUCAUUGAUGACUGUCUUAGGUCACUAACAAGAUUUGCUGCAGCACAUUGGACAGUGGCAUCACUUUCAGUGGUACAAGGACACUUUUGUAAACUUUUUGCAUCCUUGGUGCCUGGUGACAACCACGGAGACCUUCCAUGCAUAUUAGAUAUCGACAUGUUUCAUUUAUUGGUGGGCUUGGUGCUCGCCUUCCCGGCAUUGCAGUGUCAAGAUUUUUCAGGGAUCAGCCUUGGCACUGGGGACCUUCACAUUUUCCAUCUGGUUACUAUGGCACACAUCAUACAGAUCUUACUUACCUCACGUACAGAAGAGAAUGGCAUGGAUCAAGAAAAUGCUUCUGGGGAAGAAGAAUUAGCAGUUCUUGCUUUGUAUAAAACACUUCACCAGUAUACAGGAAGUGCCUUGAAAGAAAUGCACUCUGGUUGGCAUCUGUUGAGGAAUGUCAGAGCUGGAAUCAUGCCUUUCCUGAGGUGUUCUGCUUUGUUUUUCCAUUACUUAAAUGGAGUUCCUUCGCCACCUGAAAUUCAAGCUACUGGAACAAGCCAUUUUGAACAUUUAUGUAACUAUCUUUCCCUGCCAAACAACUUCAUUUGCCUUUUUCAAGAAAAUAAGGAGAUAAUGAAGUUACUGAUUGAAAGUUGGUGUCAUAACACUGAAGUUAAGAGAUACCUGGAAGGUGAAAGAGACGCUAUAAGCUAUCCAAGAGAAUCUAACAAAUUAAUAGACCUUCCAGAGGAUUACAGCAGCCUCAUUAAUCAAGCAUCUAAUUUCUUGUGCCCGAAAUCAGGUGGUGACAAGAGCAGAGCCCCAACUCUGUGCCUUGUAUGUGGAACUCUGCUGUGCUCCCAGAGCUACUGCUGUCAGACGGAGUUGGAAGGGGAGGACGUGGGAGCUUGCACCGCCCACACCUACUCCUGUGGUUCUGGGGUGGGCAUCUUCCUGAGAGUACGGGAAUGUCAAGUGCUAUUUUUAGCUGGCAAAACCAAAGGCUGUUUUUAUUCUCCUCCUUACCUUGAUGACUAUGGGGAGACUGACCAGGGACUCAGACGGGGAAAUCCUUUACAUUUGUGCAGAGAGCGAUUUAAGAAGAUUCAGAAGCUCUGGCACCAGCACAGUAUCACAGAGGAAAUUGGACAUGCACAGGAAGCAAAUCAGACACUGGUUGGCAUUGACUGGCAACAUUUAUAAUUACUUCACUACCAAAUACAUAAAUUUGGAUUUUUGUAACCCAGUUCGCUUUUCAAGAAAGAGAAUAGGAAAUAGGUUCUACUGAAUUUGGAAAUAAAUUCUUUAUUUAAGCUUUUCUUCCCAGUUUUAUUUUUAUAGUUUCUGGCUCCAGAGACUGAUGAAAAUCAUCUUCUGUCAGCAGAUUUUCUUGCAUUGUUUGCUGUGUACUUCAAACGUAACUUCUUGAAUUUUAGAAUCCAGGAAGGAGCUUCUCUUCCUGGGCUGGACUCAACCCCUUUGUGGGCAUCUGACUGCAUUUGACUGUUCCCAGUAGUCUGAGCCGUGUCACAUUACUGAACACAGGGAACUCCAGGCCUGAAGCUGAUGCAACAGCAGCUGGAAACAAAGUCUCUGGUCUUUGGGGGUCACACUUCCUGAUCCCUCUCAGUGACUCUCAGCGUUGGGCCUGGGUCAGUGUCCCCACAGCUGAUGGGACCCUACCUCUAAGCAAAACAGUGGAUUUCAAAAGUGGCAUUCCCUUGUCUCUACCGGCUGUGAGGGGGUUGCGGGACUCUCAUGCUGGAGGAACCUGUGGGAAGAAGGAGAGAAGGUGGUGUCUUUGUGUGCUGGGUGAUUUUCAGGGCUAUACAAGGUGGGAUUCCCCCGCCCCCCCCCCCUUUUUUUGGCAAGACUUUUGGCUUUGAGGAAAAAAACUCAUAUUAAAGGGCUUAUUGAAAACUUAAGAGUAUCCUAAUUUUUCAGAUGAUAUAGUCUCUUAUUUCUUUUUUUUUUUUUUUUUUUUUUUUUUCUUUUUGUGGUAUGCGGGCCUCUUACUGUUGUGGCCUCUCCCGUUGCGGAGCACAGGCUCCGGACGCGCAGGCCCAGCGGCCAUGGCUCACGGGCCCAGCCGCUCCGCGGCAUAUGGGAUCCUCCCAGACCGGGGCACGAACCCGUAUCCCCUGCAUCGGCAGGCGGACUCUUAACCACUGCGCCACCAGGGAGGCCCUAGUCUCUUAUUUCUAAGACUAAGUUGAAAGAGUGUAUACAUCUAGAAUCAAACACUAGCAAAAAAAUGAGAAUUCAGUGUUUUAAAAUUCCCUCACCCCCACCCCUUCCAGCAUUUCCUGGAAUAGAUGAAUUGCUGUUUACCUGCUGGCUCACUUAGUACAUUUCUGGGACACCUGUGUGCCCAGGCUUUUUAUUAUUUUUAAACAUUAUUGUUCUUACUAAGAGGUGCCUUCCUAGAAUGAUAGCCGCUUAGUAAAAUAGUUUAUAACCAUGACAUGCCAUGUACCACUCUUGUGUGAGACACGUGCUGAGAGAGCUUGGGUACAUGGAGAGUGGUGGCAGAUUUGGUGGAAGAAUAAAUACAGAGCCUCUCUGAGGUGAGGCUAAGGGAUAAAUGAAUAAUUAGAGGCUCUUGGAUUUUUUUAAGCCAAUGAAAAUAACCCUUUCACUCAGUUUUCUUUGAACUCUGCAUCUAAAAGUUCCAUCCUGCUCAGCUUUGCACACUCCACGGUACACCCAGGAGGAAGGUUGGAAAUCCAGACUUUCAGCUAAAGUAAGUGGAGAUGUAGAAGCCACACUCACUGCUUCUCCAGGGUGGUGUGUGAAGAGCCCCUUCCUCUGAAAGGAUGACCUUGACCCUUUUUGCCUGGGACUGAGUCACCCAUCUGAGAGGAAGCGCUUCUCACCCAAGAGGAAGAAAAUCUGCUUUCGAACACAGCGCUCGCCCCCCUUUCCUGGCCUUCCUUCCAUUCAUAAGAUCUGGUGGUAUGGGCUGUGGAUGGCAUCGUGAUUUUAAUGUUUAUUUUGGCCUUUGUCACAUCCUCAUUCCUUUAGCUUUUAAGUUCAGCUUCUUUUGGCUUUUCUCCAGUUGUUAACCAAGCUUAAAUUUAGAAUGAUAAGACCAGGUUUCUCCCUCUGUAGUUGAAUUUAUAAACAUGUUCACCAAAUCAUAACAAUACUUCAGCUUUCAGAGCUGAUUUCAUACAAGCCUGUUGUUAGCAGAGGGUGUCCCUGGAUUCCAUUCUCUGAGAAUGUCAGGGAGUCAGAGAAGAUGAAUUUACAUGAGAUAGCAACACAUGCGCCCUUUUAUCUUCUGGUGUGUGUAUCAUUAAUCUAAUUGUCUUCCCUAACUAACGAAUCAUCUUAGUCUUAUGAUUUGUUCCGCAUGUAUUAUGUUUAUUGUAGAAAUGUUUAUAUAACAUGCUUUCCAUAUCAGGGAAAAUCAUAUCUGUUUAAAAAAUUGGCUAAAACUUUAUUAUCUGUGGACAACUUGUAAAAUUUGGAAUGUAGCAUAUGUAAAAAGUUUAAAGAUAUCCAAAUAAAUGCUUUAGGUGUUGACAUUA